AUGGUGCAGGCCGCCGCUCCGCGCACCGGCGGGGGCGGCCUGCACCGGAGCGCCUCCGUCCCGGCCGGGCUGCGGCCGCGCGCGCGGGGGUCGCAGCGCGGCGGGCGAGCCUCCCCUCGCCUCGCCGAGGGCGUCCUCCUCGUGGCGCGGCAGGCGGGCUCCUGUGCUGCCUCGGCGUGGGAGCCCUUCCACUUUCGGCGCCACGGCGACGGCUGCAUCUCCUUCAAGCCGGCCACGCGCCCAGGGACCGUCGAAGAGAGCGAGGAGCUGUUCCUGAACGCGGACUGGAGGAGGCCGGUCGUGGCGGCGGCGUGGCGGUCGUUCGUGCCUGGGGCCGGCGUGGGCACGGCCCGCAGUGUCAGCGGGGAGGCGCUGUCCUGCAGCGGUGCCAGUGGCGACGGGGACGCGCUGUACCCGUUCAGCCUCACCUACGCCCCGCUGCAGGGGGGCCCAGGUGAGGAGGAGCAGCUCCCGACGCAGCGGCGCACGCUGAUGUUGGCGGCCGGGGACAGCCGCACACGGGACACAUGGCUCGCGAGCUUUUCUGGGAAGCCUCUGCCUUCGGGCGCCCGCGGCGUAGCGCCGACGCCAACUCCAGCGCCGCGCGCCUCUGCCAGAGCUCCCACCGCCGCGGAGACCGCCAAGGCACCUUGGCGUCGCAAGCCCCGACGCCCUGGCGUCGAUAAACUCGUCGCCGCUUUGCCGCGGCUGCGGCAAUCGGCCGUGACUUGCCCAGGAGGCUUCGGCAUGCUCGGGAGCAGGCCCGCGCUGGCGCCCGAGGGCGAGAGGCAGAGGCUGUCGCCUGGGGAUGGGAAUCUGUGGGCGUCCUACUCGGAUUUCGCUGUCGUGCGGGAGUUGUACGACGGGUACGCGGCCGACCCGCUGGCGGCACCAGAGAAAACGAUGCCCAGGGCCGGCACGGCUGUCGGCGGCGGCAGUCUCGACGCUGGCCCCGACGACUUUCUCGGUAGGUACCUUGACCGGCAGGCGGAGAUCGAGGGCUUGCUCAAGCAGAGGCCGGCGAGGCGCUUUCCGCCGUCCCUGGCCGCCUCGCCCGUCGGCGGCCGGCCCGGCGACGAUGCGGGCGUGGUGGACAGGUUGUUGCCCGCCGCCCCAGCGGCUGAGGCUGGGGCGCUCGACGGCGUGCUCACGAGGCCGCUGCGACUGGAGCGGAAGACGUCGAACCUGCGGCUGGACGGGGAGGUUCUCAGAAACGACGAGUGGAGCGGCGGCGCCAUGUUUGUGCCGCCGGACGCUCAGAACUUCCGCUUCACCGUGGUCCCCCUGGACGAGCUCGACACGCGCCCCGUCUUCAUCGGCAUCGCGCCCGCGGACGCAGCCCAUCACUCUCCAUCGUGA